CACUCUAUCCAGCACAUAACGAGAUUCCAUUGUCUUCAAUCUUCUAUCAUAACUCAAUUCAUAGCAUCUUCACAACGUUCUCGAGAACUACACUAAAAGCUCUCCCAAAACUCCAUCCUCUACACUCACACAUACCCAAAUCAACCCUCUCCAAAUCCACAAUGGCCACCACAACCACCCUCCAACCCACGGCCGCCUCCCCCCAAGUCUUCCUCUCCAACUCCCCCACCCCCGCCACCCAAGAUCUCCCCAUCCCGCGGGGCCCCGUCACCAGCACCCUCUCCUUCUACCAACCCCCCGCCGACAGCUCCGCGCCCUUCAACUACGUCGAAACCCCGCCCGCAGGCCAGCCCCAGCGCAACUUCGGCGAAAACCCGCAACCCGUGCAGCUGUCCGACCUGCGCGGGCGCGAAUCAGCCUUCACCCUCGACUCCAACGCCUUCGCGGCCCUGUCCCACGUCCCCUCCGCCGCGACCGACUGGUCCUCGGACGCGCACAUCAAGGCCGUCUACUACCCCGAAGUCGAGCGCCUGCUCCUCGACAACCUCCCCGGCGCGCACAAAGUCGUGCUCUUCGACCACACCAUCCGCCGCAACACGCCCAACGCGACGCGCGGCCCCGUCACCCGCGUGCACAUCGACCAGACGCCCGCGUCCGCCGCGGCGCGCGUGAAGCUGCAUCUGGGCGCCGACGAAGCGGACGAGUUGCUGAAGGGGCGGUACCGCAUCGUGAACGUGUGGCGGCCGCUCAACGGGCCGGUGGUGGCGCACCCGCUGGCGGUCGCGGACAGCGCGACGGUGCGGGAUGAGGAUCUGGUGGGCGUGCAGCACCGGUAUCCCGACCGCAACGGGGAGACGGCGGGGGUCGCGUAUAACCCGGGCCAGGCGUGGUAUUACUGGAGCGGGAUGCGGAACGACGAGCGCUUGUUGCUGAAGUGCUCGGAUAGCGAUGAGACGGUGGGGAGGUGGGGGCGGGUGCCGCAUACGGCGUUUGUGGAUCCGCGGACGCCCGAGGGGGCGGUGGGGAGGGAGAGUAUUGAGGUUAGGGCUUUGGUGUUUGGUUGAGGGGAUGAGUGUAUGGGUUUAUGGAAUGGGGGGGUGGCGUUUGGUUAUUUAGCUUCAUAGUUUACAUCGCAUAAUGCAUAGUUUUAGACGCUAUCAUUUGUAUGGCUUGAUUAUGUGCAAUUUCCGGUCUUGCAGCUGGGUAUUGUAUCCAUACUUCUCAUGCAGUUUUUCACCAUUCCGCUCGUGAUCAGACGCAAAUCACUGGAUAAAAUCAAAGUUUUCCUUGAUUUCAAUGAGUGCAAGCACCUCCAUGCAUAAGCCAGUUUAGGAACUAGCGUCUCGCGAUUUGAGCCCCUCCAGCCUCUUCACCUGCCUCUUGAGCAUC